AUGGUUCAGAAAGACAAAAUCGUCGAAACCUCUCAGUCAGAGAGUGAGCCGAGCCCGGGAGUAACGGAGGCUGGUGUCGAGGUGCAGGGCUCCGUUGACGAGCACAGUAUUGUGGUGGAGAGAACAGGCCGGAGAAAAUUCAUCAGCGGGGUUGUCGAGGGCUUUUAUGGUCGACCAUGGACAAUGGAACAAAGAAAAGAGCUAUUCAGAAGACAGCAGAAAUGGGGAUUGAACACUUACCUGUACGCACCCAAGGAUGACUACAAACACAGAAUGUUUUGGAGAGAGAUGUACUCAGUUGAGGAAGCAGAACAACUCAUGACUCUGAUAAGUGCUGCAAAAGAGCAUGGAAUGGAGUUCAUCUAUGCAAUCUCCCCUGGUCUGGAUAUAACAUUCUCAAAUCAGAAGGAGGUCUCUACACUGAAAAGGAAGCUGGACCAAGUCUCUCAUUUUGGGUGCAAGUCCUUUGCUUUACUUUUUGAUGACAUCGAUCACAACAUGUGUCCAGCUGACAAAGAAGUUUUCAGCUCGUUUGCACAUGCACAAGUGUCUAUCACCAAUGAGAUCUUCCAGUAUUUGGGAGAACCUGAAACCUUUUUGUUUUGCCCCACAGAGUACUGCGGAACCUUUUGUUACCCGAACGUAGCCCAGUCGCCUUAUUUGCGCACAAUUGGCGAAAAGCUGCUGCCCGGCAUUGAAAUUUUGUGGACAGGUCCAAAGGUAGUUUCCAAAGACAUAACGGUAGAGUCUAUUGAAGAGGUGACAAAGAUCCUGAGGAGACCUCCGGUCAUCUGGGAUAAUAUUCAUGCCAAUGACUAUGAUCAGAAACGGUUGUUUUUGGGCCCAUAUAAAGGCAGAUCUACGGAACUCAUUCCCCGACUAAAAGGAGUCCUCACCAACCCCAACUGUGAAUUUGAGACCAACUUUGUAGCCAUUCACACAUUAGCCACAUGGUAUAAAUCAAACAUGAAUGGGGUGAGAAAGGACGUUGUCAUGACGGAUAGUGAAGACAGUACAGUGUCCAUUCAGAUAAAGCUAGAGAAUGAGGGCAGCGAUGAAGAGCUGGAGACGGACAUCCUCUACAGCCCACAGAUUGCUCUUAAGCUGGCCCUUUCUGAGUGGCUCAACGAGUUUGGUGUGCCUCAUCAAUACAACAGUCGUCAGGUGGCUCACAGUGGAGUUAACAGCUCCUCUGUUGAUGUUCCCUCACUAACCGCCCCCUCUCUCGGCUCCUCCACUACGGUUACUACAGUGUUCCAACAACCCAUUAUGAGCCCUACUGCUCCUCUCAAUGAGGAGCCACACACACUGCACAAAGAGGAGGACGAGGAAGACGUAGAGGUGGAGAAGAAAGACUCAGACGAGGAGCCCAUGGAGAUGGUGCUGGAGAAACAAGAUGAAGUGGAGGAUGCCAAGAAUGUCAACCAAAUUCUCACAAAGAUUGUAAAAGCCACAAUGGCAGAGGACCUCAAACCCAUGGACACAGAUAAAGAGAGCUUAACAGAGUCCAAGUCUCCAGAGAUGUCCAUUCAGGAAGACUUGGGCAGUGAUGUUGCACCCAUGCAGACAGAUGAGCAGCUUAAUAAAGAAGUGUUUGUACCAGGACCCAAUGAGAAACCUCUGUUUACAGCUGAGGCACUCACGCUGGAGGACCUGACUUUGCUGGCAGAACUUUUCUACCUUCCCUAUGAACAUGGUCCCAAGGCAGUGCAGAUGCUCAAAGAGUUUAACUGGCUUAGAGCAAACAGCAGCAUUGUCAGUGUAAAUUCCAAAAGCAAGGACCCAGAGAAGGUGACUGAAUGGAACUCCAGAGCUGAGAAUUUUGAGAAGAUGUGUUGCUCCGUCAUGCAGAUGUUCACCAGACUCUCCAACUCUGCCAACAGGACCAUUCUGUAUGACCUCUAUCCCUAUAUCUGGGAUAUAAAGAGUAUCAUCUCAAUGGUCAAAUCAUUUGUUCAGUGGUUAGGGUGUCGUAGUCAGUCCUCAGCACAGUUCUUAAGUGGAGACCAAGAGCCCUGGGCCUUUAGGGGCGGUCUAGCGGGAGAGUUCCAGCGACUGUUACCAAUAGAUGGGGCAAAUGAUCUUUUCUACCAGCCACCACCUUCAAUGCCAACUUCCAAAAUCUAUUCCAUAAGGCCUUACUUUACUGAAGAUGAGGCUGCUGUCUACAAGAUCUGCAAGGAGAUAUACACAGAGGGAUGUGAUGAGAUUCCUUUCUCUGACCAAGAACCAGACCUGAUUGGAGACAGGUUAGUAGGAGGGUUUCUGACACUCAGCCCAGACUAUGGCUUUGUCUUAGAGGAUGAGGAGGGAAUCUGUGGCUAUGCCCUGGGCACUGUGGAUGUCAAACCCUUUGUGAAGAAAUGCAGGAUAAGCUGGAUUCCAUUCAUGCAGGAAAAGUAUAACAAACCUGACUCAGGAAAGGAUCUGUCUGAGGCAGAGAAAAUGAUGCUAAGCUUCCAUGAGGAAGAGGAGGGGUUGCCAGAAUCAUUCCUCAGGAAUUUCCCAUCCCUCAUAAAGGUGGACAUUCAUACAAAAGUCACUGACCCUAGUGUAGCCAAAAGCAUGAUGGGAUGUCUCCUCUCAUCACUGAAAGCCAAUGGGUCCCAUGGUGCCUUCUGUGAGGUCCGGCAACUGGACAAACGGAUGUUGGACUUUUAUGGCAAACUUGGCUGCUUUGAAGUGGCCAAAAUGGAGGGCUUUCCAAAAGAUGUCAUCAUAAUGGGGAGGAGCUUGUGAAAGGGAGUGAUAUGGAAGACCUACCCUUGAAAGAACUUGUACAAAGCUACAGUGGUUUGCAUAGAAGGCCCAGAGCGUGUCUCACUACCUGUCCAAGUAACAAUCGGUGACACAUUUGUAAUUUUUGUUGCACCCAUCAAAGGCUGCUGUUGUAGCUUUAUUCUUUAAAGUGUGCUCUUCAGAAACUGCUGAAAGCACAUACAUAAUUUAAGGUGCUUCUCACAGUUACUGUGCUUUGCCAAUCAGAGGUGGUGUGUGAAGGAAUGUGAGUGUUUGUAUUGCCUUUUCAAACAGUCCCUCCUCUGGUCCGCAAGACAGCUUGAGCUGGCCAGGUGCCAUUUAGCCCAUCACACCUUUCAAAUGCGAUUGUUCGGCAGUCCGCUUAUAUUCAGUCUGCUGCAGGUUCCAGUGAGGGCAUUUAGGCCCAACACUGCCAAUAACCUACAGAUACCAUUGCAUAAUUAGAAAAAAUAAGUUUCCGCACACAUUUUGCCUCCCAUUCUUUGUUGCCUCUUCAGUACUAAUGUGGAAGCAGGCUGUUUUUUUUAUUAUUAUUAUUAUUUUUAAUGGUCUCUUGACUUGACAGUUUUCCAGUCACAAACUGUUAGAGCAUUAGUGAAAACACUAGCUAAACAGAUUGGAUGUGUCUGUGUUCUCAAAGAAAGAAUUCAUUGUGUGGCUUGAUGGCUUUGAAAUGGAGAGAACCUGAAAUUAGUGGAGAUAAAUUUGGAACCAAAAGUGGAGACCCUUGUCCAUAAAAAUUGCAUGGAUAUUACUUUUAUGCAUAAGCUAGUAGCAUGUGUAUCUUGAUGAUGCAUUUGUGUUUUGUACAGCGAUGCCUUUCGGUCUGUUGCCUUCCUCAGUGUAUUGCAGAGGUUUUGUCCUCUUAACCCCCUCCCAGCACACCCUCCUCCCCCACGACGAUUUCUUUCCACACAUAAGGUCUGAGGUCGUGCCUGUUGUAUGUUCCUGAGCCUCAGCCAGAUUAGAUGACCAUUCAUAAAUAGAAGUAUUUGACUAAAGAAGUUUUAAAUAUGUUCCAAAGGUGAUGAGUUGUGAUAAACCAUCAAUCACCUGUUUUGCAAGGACAGUUGACUGUGGUGCGGUUUCACAGUGGCAUUCAGUGAAACUGAUUGGAGUGAGGCUUGAGUGAGUGCAGUAAAUCCUGCAUCUGUAGUUAUUUGACUAGAAGAAAUUUAUGUGUGGUUGUAUUUGAAACAUGCUAUUCUUUCAAACAUGAAACAGUUCAUUCCAGUCCUGUGGUGCAACAUGUCCAUGCGAUGCUGUUGCUUGGAAACCAAGGUGAGGUGGUGAAAGUCAGAGCCUAAGGUGUCAAGACAGCAAGGCAGUAUUUGACUAGAAAAUGCACUCAGGCUUUGUUUCGAUGGGCAGUAAAUUUUGUUCACUUUCAUUUUUGUUGUUUUUCUCUAAGGUUUGAGUAGUUACAACUAACGUCUUCAUUUAAAAAAUUUUGAUCUAAAUCAGAUCCAUAAAUUUAGCAGUCUGCUUGUCUAAAUACUGAUACAGUAAGGUAAAGAAGAAAUACAAUCUGCCUAAUUUCAAACCGUCUUCCUAUUUUGGCACUAUGUAGUAUUUGGGCACAAAAAUACUCACUUACAGCCUGCCUCCCAAAUAAGAAGUUCCCCUUCUCAUAAGAGGCCUUUAGUAACCGCUAUGAGAGAAAUGCAUAUAGUUCUGAGCGUUUGUUGAUUUCUUUUUUUGUUUGUUUGUUUGUUUUUUUCCUUCAAGUUACUCAGUUCUCAUUAGAUCCCCCUGUGGGGAGCUUGACCUUGCAUGGCCAUUAUUUCACAUGGCUUUCAUUGUACCAUGCUCUGCUCUUUUGUUCUGCAAGUUGAGGUCAUGUUCAAAAAGAAAGGGCUUCAUUUUGUGAGGUUCUGAUUACAUUUAAACAUUGCAUAUAUUUCAGUACUUUGGGUUGUAAUUAUGAUUAUGUAUGUAAUGUAGUUAUACUUUCUGUAAGGUUUUUAUGUAAGAUGGUUAAUUACAAUAAAGUAUGGUAAAUAUUU